CUCAAGUGGGUUUAUCGUUAGAACAUAAUUUUCUGGUUCGAUUUCAUGCCGCCAAGAGAAAACGUUUCCUCCUCAGCCCGGUUCUAGGGUUUUCUCCCUGUGCUCGUCUUUUUAUUCAGCUAGUUAGAACCCUAACAAGUUAUGGAUACUGAAACUGCUACUAAUAUUGAUCGAGCGAGGACGAAAUGGACGCCAACUAUGGAUCGCUGUUUUAUUGACAUAAUGCUUGAGCAAGUGCAUUGUGGAAAUAAAAUUCAUAAUUCAUUUCGCAAAAAAGCAUGGGUGGAAAUGGUAACAGCAUUUAACGAGAAAGCUGGAUUACAGUUGGGCAAGGAGGUUUUGAGGAAUAGAUCAAAAAAAUUGAGGAUGCAAUACAGUGCUGUGAAGGUUCUCCUUGAUCAAGAUGGAUUUCAAUGGGAUCAAACAAGAAACAUGGUUACAGCUGAUAGUGAUGUUUGGGACACUUAUUUAAAGGCUCAUCCAGAAGCACAAACUUUGAAAACUAAAAGUAUUCCGAAUUUUGAUGAUUUGCGCGUCAUAUAUGGAAAUGAAACUGCCUAUGGAAGAAACAAUGCUUUGAGUAAUCAUCCUUGCCUCAUCGACAAUAUUCCAGCAAUGGAGACUGAUGGAGUCGCUGGAGGCGUUCUUUCUCCGACUACUAUGUCCAUGUUAAAUGAAGGUCAUGUGGUAAGGUAUUCUCAGCUAGGAGAAGAUAGUGUAACCCCAGUUAGUACUGAUCGUUCAAGGACUACUUGGACACCCACCAUGGAUCGAUAUUUCAUUGGGAUUAUGGUAGACCAGGUUCGUAAAGGGAACAAGAGCGGCAAUGUCUUUCGUAAAAAAGCAUGGAAGCACAUGGUUGUAUUAUUUAACACAAAAUUCAGGUUACAAUUGGACAAGGAAGUUCUGAGGAAUAGAGCCAAAAAAUUGAGGAUACUGUACCUUGCUAUGAGAACACUUCUUAACAAAGACGAGUUCCACUGGGAUGAAACACGGCAAAUGAUCGCAGCUGAUGAUAAUGUAUGGGAUGAUUAUCUGAAGCUGCAUCCCGAGGCACGCUCUUACAGAACAAAGACGUUGCCGAAUUACUCUAAUCUGGGUGUGGUAUAUGGAUGUGAACCUGCUACUGGAAGAUUGAACCAGUUGGACCAGAUGCACGACAGCAAGGAUCAAGAAGUGAAAAAUGAAGUAGGUCCAGGAAGUUCACACUCUCCAGUAACAUCAUCUGUCCAUGAAGAUCUUUUUAUGGCCUCCCAAAUUAUUGCAGUGGAAACACCCUUGAGCACUGAUCGUUCAAAGACUAAUUGGACUCCACCAAUGGAUAACUUUUUCAUUGAAAUUAUGAUAGAACAUGUGAAUGAAGGUUAUAAGAUUGGUAAGACGUUUCACAGAGAAGCGUGGCUCUACAUGUUGGAGUUAUUCAACAAUAAAUUUGGAUUACAGUUGGAUAAGGAAGUAUUGAAGAAUCGGUAUAAGAAACUGAGGACGCAAUACAAUGCUAUUAACCUUCUUUUGGACAAUGGGUUUCAGUGGGACGAAGCACGGCAACUGGUGACAGCUGAUGACUGUGUCUGGGAUGAUUAUCUCCAGGAACACCCUGAAGCGCGAUCAUAUAGAACCAAGACUGUUCCGAACUAUAAUAGUUUGCGUGUGAUUUAUGGUGAUUCUAUUCCUGACACCAAAUACGGCGGGGCAGGGCAUCAUGACAAUUCGAAAAGCGUUCAAACACAAGUAUUUGGUACCCCACAAUAUCCAUUAGUAUCUUCUCCCUGUGAAGAUGUAGCCGACGAUUAUAUGCAAGAAGGGUCAUCAGACUCGGAUGAGGGAUUGGACAUAAUUAUUGGAGGGAGCAGUAAGCGUCCAUUUGAAACUCCAUCAACUUCUCAAGUUUCUAGGAAAGCACAACGGAGCGAUCGCAUGUGUAUGCUUGAUGCUGUUCAUAAAAUGUCAGUUGCUGUUUCAAGGUUAACGAAAAAGAACGAAAAUUGUGUUUCGUUAGAAAUUGUGCGCAAUGCAUUGCAAGCUACUCCUGAUUUAGAAGAAGAUCUUUUAAUGGACGCUACAGAGCUUUUGCAAGAUGAACAGAAAGCAAAGGUGUUUUUGGCCUUGGAUGAUGUUUCAAUUCGCAAGAAAUGGUUGCUGAGGAAACUUCGUCCAUAGUAAGUGAGCUGACUUAGUUAGGGUUUGAAUUUUGAGCUUAUUUCCAUAGAGAUGUAAAACUUGCGGUAGUUGUACUGGGCUACUUCACUGUGUGAUUAUCUGCUGUGAACUAUUUAAAUUUGACGCAUCUUUUGUAUCA